AUGACACAUGUGAUGCUGCACGGACAGCACGGACCUUAUGGACUUUUCAGGCAAAGUCAAGCAAUCAAGAACAGGUUUCCAUCCAGGGCCACAGGUACACCAAGACUCGAGGAGCAUAUGCUCAUUGUCUUUUGUAUGCUUCUAGUGCCUUCCGUCCAGGUCAAGCAUCAGGGAUCCGAUCAGAGUCCAUGGUUAUCAGUAUCCAUUCCAUCCAGGUCAAGCUUCAAGGUUCAGGUCAAGGUCCACGGUUUUCAGAUCAAGAUCCACGUAUCAAAUUCCAUCCAGGUCAAGCAUCAAGGAUCCGAUCAAGGUCAGCGGGUUCAGGUCGAGGUCCACGGUUUUCAGUAUCCAUUCCAUCCAGGAAAAGCAUCAAUGUUCCGAUCUCCCAGAUAUGUUUCAGCCAUCCAGGUCAAGUGUCAAGGACCCGAUUUCCCGGCAAUGGCCAUCGAUGUCAGGCGUCAAGGUUGCGAUCUUCCAGUCAAGUGUUCAGUCAUCCAGGUCAAUCAACAGGAUUCUGAUCUCCCGUCCAUGGUUAUAGCCAUCGAUGUUAGGCGUCAAGGUUCCGAUUUUCCAGCCAUGGUUCUAGUCAUCCAGGUCAAGCAUCAUGGUUCCGAUCGCCCGUCAAUGGUUAUAGCCAUCCGUGGCAAGCAUCAAGGACCCGAUCACCCGUCCAUGCCUCCAGCCAUUCAGAUCAAGCGUCAAGGACCUGAUCACCCCUCCAUGUUUAUAGUCAUCCAGAUCAAGCAUCAAGGCUUCGAUCGCCAGCCGAUGGUUAUAAGUUAUUCAGCCAUCCAUGUCAAGCGUCAAGGUUCAGAUCGCCCGUCCAUGGUCAUAAUCGUCCAGGUCAAGCAUCAAGGCUCUGGUCUCCCCGCCAUGUCUCCAGCUAUCCAGAUCAAGCAUCAAGAUUCCGAUCUCCCCGCCAUGGGUAUAGUCUCCAGCUAUCCAGGUCAAGCAUCAAGAUUCCGAUCUCCCCGCCAUGGUUCUAGUCUCCGGCCAUCCAGGUCGAACUUCAAGGUGCUGAUCUCCCGUUAUAUGGUUAUAGGUAUAACAAAAAUCGAUGAGCAAUCACACUCGGCUUUAUUUAUUUCUAGUGUUGAAUCCACCAAGAUCAUGCUUCACGGAUCCGGAUUCAUGUCUACUCAUCCACGGCAAUUAUCAGGAUCCGAUUUUCAUGAAUUGUUAUAG